AUGCCAUACCAAGUGCAGAUCAGAUUCGUAUAACAACGUCUUUGAAAAGCCAAAGAGGAUCAGUGUGGACAAAAAACAAGUCAAUAUUUGAAUACUGGGAAGUCGAAGUGACCUUUCGAGUUACAGGAAGAGGCCGCAUUGGAGCUGAUGGAUUGGCAAUCUGGUUUACAGAAGAGCAAGGUUUGGAAGGUCCUGUUUUCGGGGCAGCUGAUAAAUGGAACGGUGUUGGAAUUUUCUUUGAUUCCUUUGACAAUGAUGGAAAGAAAAACAAUCCUGGAGUGAUUGUUGUAGGCAACAAUGGAAAACUUCUGUAUGACCAUCAGAAUGAUGGUUCCACACAAGCAUUGGCAUCCUGUCAGAGGGACUUCCGUAACAAGCCCUAUCCUGUUCGAGUAAAGAUAACAUACUAUCAAAAAACAUUGACUGUAUUAAUUAACAAUGGCUUUACUCCGGAUAAAGAAGACUAUGAAUUUUGCGCAAAAGUGGAAGAUAUGGUGUUGCCAUCACAAGGAUAUUUUGGAAUAUCUGCAGCAACAGGGGGACUUGCAGAUGAUCAUGAUGUCCUGUCUUUUCUGACCUUCCAGUUGACAGAGCCUGGGAAAGAAGUACCAACACCAAAUGCAGAAAUUCCUCAGAAAGAUAAAGAUAAGUAUCAAGAAGAGUUUGAACUCUUUCAACAAGAAUUGGAUAAAAAGAAAGAAGAAUUUCAAAAGGAACAUCCUGAUGUGCAAGGACAGCCAGCGGAUGACUUUUUUGAAACUGUAAAUGAUCGUGAACUGAGGCAAAUCUUUGAGGGGCAGAAUCGAAUUCACCUUGAAAUCAAACAGCUUAAUAGGCAAUUGGACAUGAUUCUGGAUGAGCAGAGGAGAUACGUCUCUGUAGUCACAGAUGAGAUUACUAAAAGAGGAACUGGUGUUCCAGGUCAACAAGGACAGGUUUCCCAGCAAGAGAUUGAGACAGUUGUGAAAACUCAAGAAGAGGUCAUUAGACAAGUAAAUGAGAUAAGGUAA